AUGCCAGCAAUUGAAGAUGAAUCGAAUAGACAAAGCAGUCCAAGAAAUCAAUUUGCUUUUUGGAUAAUUGGUUUGUGCAACAAUUUUGCAUACGUAAUUAUGCUUAGUGCAGCAGAAGAUAUACUGUCAGCGGCGGAUGGUCCUAAAGCAUCCUCCAAAAGCAUUGAUGAUCCUUGCCAGAAUUCAGUUGUUCAUCGUCAAUGCCAGCCAUUAUCCACAGGUUCAGUGUUAUUAGCAAAUAUCAUACCAUGUUUGGUUGUAAAAAUAUUCUACCCAUUUGUUAUGCAUCGCAUCCCUUUUGGUGUACGACAUUUCUUCGUUGUUCUUCUUCAGAUAAGCAGCUUUUUGGUAGUUGCUUUUUCGCGAAAUAUUGUGAUGAGUUUAACUGGUGUUGCUUUAGCAAGCAUUGGAGCAGGUAUUGGAGAAGUUACGUUUCUUUCACUGACUACCUAUUUUCCCAAUAGUAUGGUGGGUACAUGGUCAUCUGGAACCGGUGGCGCUGGAAUUUUUGGUUCCUUUGCUUAUGCGAUGCUAACUGAUAUACAUAUGUUGGGAUUGACACCACGAAAUGCGCUAUUGCUUAUGCUCAUUGUUCCAUUUACGUUUGCUCUCACUUAUUGGAAAUUAUUACUAUUACCUGGGAAUAUACAUCGCGUAUCACUAUGUAAACCAUCAACAUAUUUAAUUACCUAUUCUACAUUGAACAGGCGAAGAAGAAGCGAUAUAAACAGUAGUGAUGAAACAGCACAACUGAUCAAUAGUUCUGAUGUUUCUAUUGGCGAAGUUGUUUCCAUCAAUGAGCAACAAAGUUUCAGUGAUAAACUGACAUUAGCCAAGCCUCUUAUUUUAAAAUAUAUGUUUCCACUUGCUUUAGUUUAUUUUGCGGAAUAUUUUAUUAAUCAAGGAUUGCUGGAAUUACUUGUAUAUGAUUGUGCACAUAGUUUUGGUAUUGGUCAUCAUGGACAGUAUCGUUGGUAUCAAGUACUUUAUCAGCUUGGAGUAUUUAUUUCACGCUCUUCCGUUGGGUUUGUUCAGCUACAAUCAUCCUUUAUACCUCUAAUUCCUAUUCUACAAACAAUAAAUGCUAUCUUUCUAUUUUGGGAUACGUUGAAAUCAUUCAUACCGCAUGUCAUUAUUGUAUUUAUUAUUGUUUUCUAUGAAGGAUUAUUAGGGGGAGCAGCUUAUGUUAACAUUUUCCGUUUGCUACAUAAGUCGAUUCCAAUAGAAGGAAGAGAAUUCAGUUUGGGUUUCGUUUCAAUGUCUGAUUCAUUUGGUAUUGUAUGUGCAGGUUUUUUAGCCAUACCAGCCCAUAAUUUCAUUUGUAGUAUGCCUGUUUAA